CUAAAAUAGACACUUGGCUAAUUAUUAGACUCCUAAUACAGGACACAGUCCUGAUAUUAGAUCAAAGCUGGCUAAAAGGCUAAACUUCAAACACUCCCCACCAGGUGGACAACCUAAAUCUGGACCCCUCUAGUACAACGUGUGCGUGUGCGUAGCUCUCGGCUUACAGAAAAGGGGUCCGGGGCAUCGACAGGGGAGAGAACUGGUAAAACCUUAACAAAAUAUGUGCAGAUGAAUGUCCCAAUACACUGUUUAUAUAGUUGUCCAUAAAAGGUGAGAUUUCAUCUUUCGCUUUUGAUGUUUCCAGUCACGCAGGUCUCCACAAUAAGUAUGUCCAAACUAUCAAUUUUGGCUAUAGUGCAAGGAGAAUUGUACUCCACUAGGUUAGAGCAUUUUACUGUCAUGAGGUUAAGGGGAGAGAGCAGCAGAAAUUUGUCAUAGAAAAGCAAGCCCUGAAAACAUGAUUUCAAUAUUUAAAAACUCACCAAUACAUAAUAAGAAGCCAGCCCAUCUAAAAAUACAUCUUUCUUUAAUGUAACCCUCAUGGGGAAGUACCUAAAAUGGUCCACCCGUAAACGCUGGAUUAGUGGACCUUUAUAAACUCUGACAAGGGAUUUAGAAAACACCAUCACACACCACCGCUGCUUCCCCCCAUAAUGCGCAAAAGCAUAAAAAUCCUUCACAAAGGAGCCACUAACAAAGCUGGGGGCGAAGGAGGGAAGGAAAGAGAAAGAGAACUCUUUUUUUUUUUUUAGCUAUGCUUGCUCCCUCCCCUACUUAAAUGAAAUAAAAAAAGGAGAGAGUUGCUAGUUGCUGAUGUCAUCAAAGUGCUAACAUUAAUCACUCACAGCAUCACUGGUACAGGCACAAGAGCAUAUAACAGGGAUGUUUAGGCAGUACUCUGUCCAAGGGGAGGCAAGCAAGAGAGGGGGGAAAAAGGCAUUAUUUUUUCUCCCGCAUUUUCCUUGAAAAGCAAGGCAACAGCACCUUUAGAAAAGAUGUGCUCUUGCAUGAAUUCAAGUGGAAGAGACAAAGAAACCGUGCCACCAGCAGCGUCGGAGAAAAAAAUUGAAAGCACCAAGCAAUGAGAAUUCAGUCCAGGGAAUCUGAGGGGAAGAAAAAGCAGACUGGCAAGCAGAGAUCAGGCAGGAAAUAACUCAUGUGAAAAAAGGAUACAGAAAAUUUAGUGUUUAUGUCUUUUUCGCAGCAGCAUCACCGUAUGAAAAUUCUAUUCUGAAAUUUCCGUCAGGAAGUGACGAGCACUGCAAUUAAGAUCCACGUGACAUCUCCAGUGCUGCAACUUCUCCGUUACCUCCCUGGGAAACGAACAUCUCCCUUUUCCACAGCAAGAUCAGCAACAGGAGACAAGAAAAACCUACCUAAGCAACAUCCCAAUGGGAAUAACUGUCCAAAACAUCACCGGAAACACGGCAAUGGUAAUUUGGCCAAAAAUGGCCAGUUGUGCCGACAGCUUUUACAGCGUCAUGUACCACCCUAACUGGAACAGCAUGCUAUCGACUUACUCGAGAAAGAGCUUUCAGAAGGAGGAGAGAGUUCCCGCCAGUCGCUCCUCCUUUGUUGUUGAAAACCUAACCCCACUGACAACAUACAUCGUGUGCGUGACCUGCCAGUCCGCCAACCCCUCCAGUGACCAGUGCAAAGUUUUUAACACGCUGGAACAAGACCCGGCAUCUGCGAGCAACACUAAGAAAGAGCUGGCGCUGGGCAUCUGGAUCACCAGCAGCGUCCUGCUCCUCAUCAUCGCCGCAAUCCUCCUCUAUGGCUGCCUGCACCUGCUGUGCCACAGGAGACGCGAGCGUUUGCAAGGGCGGAACGAGACCUCCGAACAAGACCACGGGAAGGCGUGGACCAAAAGUGUGGCGUACACCUCGGAGGAGCUUGGCAGGCAGAGCCAACUGAUGCAGGACACAGAGGAAAAGCAUCCAGGUGGCAUCCAGCUGGCCACAAUCAUAGAGAAUCCCUCAGCAUGCAAGGAGCCAGUCAUGCUGACUUCCAAAAGCCAGGAACGAGUGCCAACGACAGGACAGUGCUCUGUUAUAAAUUAGAAACCUUUUGUCAGGGAGGAGAUUUUUACUACCUAUGACAUCCCAACUGCUUCAAACGCAUCGUAUGCAUUGUCGGCACUCAGAACGGGGAGCUCCGACUGCUCACCGCAGCACUCCCGGCUGUACCCCCAAUGUCACGUCCCCUUCCAACAGCCUACGUACAGCCAGUGAUAGUCAGAGGCAAAGGCUCAGAUUCCCAAGAAGCGAGCACUUCAGCUGCACUCCACUAUUUAAAAAUGAAGCAUGUAGCAAAUCAUCAGUUUACAUUUUGGGGGGAUUUUUUGGUUGCUCUUCUUUAGUCUCAAACAGCAAACAAAUAUAAAAAUUGAUCAAAAGUGACCAAGAGACUUUUUUUUUUUUUUUACUAGCAUAAAUUAAAACUGAGUAGAAGCUUUCAGAUGGCAACCCAGACUGCUACGCUACAGCCAACUGGAACGUACACCCUGAGUGCAGGUUUGCCAGGGUGAGUUUUACCCCCCCAGUCCCGACUGCUCCUCAAACUACACGCUACUACACACAGACUACACACUUCUCCAACCAUGAUGCUCCCAUCCAAAUGAGGUCAGUCUUAGCGUUUAUGCUAAACUCACCAGGAUUUUAACCGUAUCCUUUCACCUGUCUUUGAAACUUCCCCUCGGUCUACAAACAUCUGCAAGACAGCGACUCUGUAAGGACACUUCUAAUGAAACCAAGGCAAUAUCCUGGGUUAUGGUAUUUUGCACUCUUCUCCUCCUCACCGCAAGCCACCUUCUGCUCCCUGGGUGAGUGACUCUCCGCAGAGGAAACGGAAUUCAGAGAAGCAACUCCUGGCCCUUCCUUCUCUCUUUCCCCUUCAGUUUUAAUGAUAAAACUCAUUCACCAGUUGCAAAUUGCUAUCCAACCGCAGAGUACAUUUUACGUAAUGAAAGGGCAAGGAAGUAAAAACACACCAAAACACAUUUUAUUUUUGUAACACUCAAAUCUGCCAAUCCUCACGCUCUGCCUUGAGCUUCAUGGCAAAAUUGCCAAGAAAGGCCCUUCGGACAGAAAUCUGCUCACCAACAUGACGCAUCCUGUCUGGCUUACGUGUAUAAGUCACCCUGGUUUAAAACUCUUAAGUGCAUUUGAGUUCCAUAAAAACGUAAUAAAUCUUAGUAUUGCCAUAUAGUAUGGUAUGUCUAAAAAUCAAAGAUGCACUGUGACCGCAGGCAUUUUAAACUGCUAUCAACAGGAACGCACGCGUAAAGUCAGCUCCUGUUGACAUGGCUCUUGUUGACCCAGUAAAGACUGGAAAACUGCUGGUUAGGCAGCUGCCAUCCCUUUC